CCGCUCCGCAUUGUGUUCCUUCUGCAGCAAUGGACUCUAAACACUGGGCGAAGGUCCGCUGAACCACGAAGUCGCGACAUUUCUGCAAUUAGGAAUGAGACCCCCCCCGCCCCGCCGCUGAGCUCAAAGAUGAGAGAGUGGUGGGUUCACGUGGGUCUGAUCUGCAUCCCGCUGGUGGCCGUCUACCUCCACAUCCCUCCCCCUCAGCUGUCCCCUUCCCUGCAGAAGUGGCACAACGCCGGGGAGGCGUUUCACUUCAGAGGCCGGGACAUCUUCUACAGAGACUCCUACGGUGCUCUGGGAAGCUCCGACGUCGUCGUCCUGCUCCACGGCUUCCCCACCUCCAGCUACGACUGGAACAAGAUCUGGGAGCCACUCACUCAGCGCUUCCAUCGGGUCGUCGCGCUGGACUUCCUGGGUUUCGGCUUCAGCGACAAGCCACGACCCCACCGCUACUCCAUCUUCGAGCAGGCCAGUGUGGUGGAGGCCCUGGCGGCUCACUUGGGUCUGAGCAACCAGCGAGUGAAUCUGCUCUCCCACGACUACGGAGACACGGUGGCGUUGGAGUUGCUCUACAGAAGUGACCAAAACCGCUCCGGUCACCUGAUCAUCAACAGCCUGUGUCUCUCUAAUGGAGGAUUGUUCCCGGAAACACAUUACCCGCGUCUGCUGCAGACGCUUCUGAAGGACUCUAGUUUUCUGGCUCCGGUUCUGACGCGGCUCACCAACUACAAGAUCUUCCAAAAAGGGAUCGGAGACGUGUUCGGUCCGUACACGCAGCCCACCGACGCCGAGUUCUGGGACAUGUGGACAGGUUUACGCUACAACGAUGGAAACUUGGUGUUAGACAGCAUCCUGCAGUUCAUCAACCAGAGAUCCAAACACAGAGAGCGUUGGGUGGGCACGCUCACCUCCACCGGCGUCCCACUGCACAUGAUCUACGGCCCACUGGACCCAGUCAACCCUCACCCGGAGUUCAUCCGUCUUUACCAGCAGCUGGUCCAGAGGUCGACCUUCACCAUUUUGGAUGAACACAUCAGUCACUACCCUCAGCUGGAAGAUCCCACCGGCUUCCUCAAUGCAUAUUUUAAUUUUAUUCACUCUUUCUAAAUACAGCGCCCCAUGUUAGUGAAUUCAUUCAGACUCUUACACUACAGCGGUUCGGUAGCUCGCAGCACUAAUAUUUUAAGUGAAACGAGACCUUUUCAUGACGAUUUUAACCAGGGCCUAAGCUGCACCCUAUGCAUCAGUUUAAAAUUUGAUCACCAUCAAUUGUCAAUAAUUACCGUGAGCUAAAAUCCUAAUUAAUUGUACUUAAUGCAAGUGAAUAACUGAAGGUGAUUAUGUUCAUGCGUGGUACUGAAGUUGUUUCGGGUUGUGUGAUCAAUUAACAUAUCUGGGGGACAUUGUUUUGGAUCCUGAGUGGACUAUUUCAAAGAUUUUUUUUUUUUUACAUCUGAUGUCAAUGAACUGCCUAAAUCUCAGCAUUUCUUUAAAUAAAACUAGUUUUGUAAAAUAAAUCAAGUGUCUGAAUGAAUGAAGCAUGAUACCCUUUGACAGACAGAAUUUAUUAAGGAUUAGACAGAUGAAUAUUCGUACUGCAAAGAAAACGCAGACCGUAUAAAGAGCAAAAGAAGUAAAACAUCCACGUGGUGUUGGAUGAUGUCAGCAUGAUAAACAUUUUUUUUUUUUUA